CAAUCAAGUGCUUCUGAGAAUAGAUUUUCAACACAGUGGCUAUUCUCUACCAUUGUUAUGGUCACUAACAACAGGCUUUACACAAAUACUUCGAGUUUCGUUUCAUUGAGCAAAGAGCUGUGCUAGCAUCGUUCAUCCAACACAUACCCAUGGCGCCCGCCGGUCAAUUCAUUCCACUGCUUGUGGAUCACUGGCAAAGCUUGCGAAAUCUUAUCAUUGACAAAACGAAAACAACUACAAUUGAUGGAAAAGCAUUGAAGCUUGCGGACGUAAUCGCAUCAGCUAGAUAUGGUCGGAAAGCAAUCAUAACAAAUCAAGUUUUGGAACACGUCGGAAAAGACACAGAGCAGGUUUACGGCAAGCUCAAAGAUGGUGAAGUGCUUUACGGCAUCAACACUGGCUUUGGAGGUAGCGCAAACGUCCGAUCACAGGCUGUAGAAGAAAUUCAGAGAGGGCUAAUCAGAGGACUGCACUAUGGAGUGCUCUCAGGUAAUGCGGAUUUUGACAUCGAGUCAGAACUACCACCUGGGUUUACUUCAUCGAAACCUUUGAGCAGCCCCAUUGAAACGACCUCGAUGCCGGAAUCCUGGGUCCGUGGGUCUAUGCUUAUACGCCUGAACUCCCUUUCACGUGGAGCAUCAGGUGUGCGUCCAGUGUUUUUAGAAAGACUACUGCAGCUUCUAAACCAGGAUAUCGUUCCUCGAGUCCCACUCCGAGGUAGUAUAUCAGCUUCUGGGGAUCUAUCUCCGCUCUCUUACCUUGGCGGGGUACUGCAGGGCAAGCCAUCUGUGCAGGCGUGGAUCGACAGGGACAACCGCCGAGAGCUGGUAUCUGCUCAGGAAGCCCUUGCAUUUGGUCAAAUCCAGCCAAUAGACAUCCGAGCUAAGGAGGGACUCGCGUUGGUGAAUGGAACUGCUGCAUCUGCAGCGGUUGCAAGUUUAGCAGUUCAUGAGGUGCUCUGUCUGGCUUCAGUAUCUCAGGUUCUGACUGCCAUGUCAGUAGAGACUCUAUGUGGUACUGAGGAAAGUUUCGAUGCAUUCUUCGCUCAGGUCAGGCCGCACCCGGGUCAGAUAGAAUGUGCCAAUAGUCUCAGAAGCUUUCUUCGAGGAUCUAGCCUCGUGGCAGACAACAACGGCUCUCAGGAAUUCAGUCUUCGACAAGAGAGAUACUCUACACGUACAGCGCCACAAUGGAUUGGUCCCGUGCUUGAAGAUCUAGUUCUUGCGCACUCCCAGGUCUCAAUUGAAAUCAAUUCUGUCACCGAUAACCCCUUGAUAAAUCCUUCAGGAAAAUUGUUACACGGAGGAAACUUCCAAGCAAAGGCUGUCACAUCAGCAAUGGAGAAAGCGCGCCAGGGCUGCCAGGCACUCGGACAAAUCAUGUUCGCCCAAUGUACAGAAAUUAUCAAUCCUUCAACCAACAAAGGUCUCGCCCCUAAUCUGGUGGUUGAUGAGCCAAGUCAAUCGUGGAUAUGGAAGGGAACCGACAUCUAUGUUGCGGCCUUGCAAUCGGAGCUGGGAUUUCUUGCGAACCCUGUGUCACACGUACAGUCUGCCGAGAUGGGAAAUCAGAGCAUCAAUUCACUAGCUUUGAUCUCGGGUCGCUAUACCCUAACUGCUGUAGACACUCUCACUCAGCUCGCCGCUGCGAAUCUUGUUGCUCUCUGUCAAGCCCUAGACUUACGCGCACUGGAUCUUCAAUUUCGCAAUACCCUUGAACCAAAGUUCAAAGAGAUUACAAGACGUUGUAUAGACUCUUGUGUUCAGACACCCUCGUCUGGGCCAGAGUUUGAACAGCUCAUCAACGAACUUUGGGCUAAGUUCGCAGACGAUACCUACCAAACCACACACAUGGACUCAUCAGUCCGUUUUCUCAACGCUACUGACAACCUGCAAGCCCGCUUCCUGCGCAAACUUCCUUCGACUCAAACCAGUCUUCAAGCAGUCCAGGAUUGGGGUAUCACGGCUGCAAGAACUUCUUCUGAAAUUUACGCUACCAUACGUGCCCAAUACCUAGCGAAUCCUGACGCCAAACCUAUACUAGGCGUUGCAGCGCGAAGGCUGUAUGAAUUCGUCAGAACAACACUUGGGGUACCUUUCUUUGGCGAAGAGUAUAUCCGAGAGGCUGAUUUUGCAAACGGAAUCGAGGUUGAAAGCCCUGAUCCAAAGUUCAAGUUUAGGACUAUGGGAUCUAUGAUAUCCGCAGUUUACGAGGCGAUGCGAAAUGGAUCGCUGUAUGACGUUGUGGUUCAAUGUUUCGAAGAAGUGGAUCAAUAUACGGUCUAGCUAAUCUGCUUCUAUUUUUUCAAAAAUGAAUGCACCUCAUGUUAAAUUUUAUGAAAUAGAACCAAUCAACAUUAAGACAGUUGUGGAUGCCUCCAAUGGUACGCCAUGGACAGCAGAACAAACAAAGGUCACUCCAUAAAUUCCCC